AUGCUCGAUCUCAUUGGUUGGUCUUCCCUCCCCGCAGGUCUCCUCCCUAAGUGGCUUUGGAUCGUCGGUGUCACCUCCUUCCUCAACACCUUCCAGGCCUUUGCUACCCUCUCCGCCACCAAACGCAUCUACGCCAACAAGCAGCACGAAGUCACCGGUCUCUCGGGCCGCACCUUCGGUGUCUGGACCCUCCUCAGUUCCGUCAUCCGUCUCUUCGGCGCCUACAACCUCCACAUCGCUCCCAUGUACCAAAUCACCAUCUGCACCUUCGGCAUUGCCUGGCUCCACUUCAUGUCCGAGCUCUUUGUCUUCCGCACCGCAAAGAUUACUGGACCCUUCCUCGCCCCCUGCGUCGUCGCCACCUCCUCUUUGAUCUGGAUGGUUUCGCAGUACAGCUACUACGUCAAGCAGUACUAA